AUGGCAACAACAACAAGUUUGGUGUUGGACUCAAUGCCAAAUGAAGUGUUGUUGGCUAUAUUGGGAUACUUGUCACCUUUUAGUUUGUUCAACUUAUCAUUGGUCUCGAGAAAGUAUCAUAUGUACUCAAGUGAUCAUUUGAUUUGGAAUAGACAUCUGGCAGAGUUAUCAUUGAAACAGACUCUUACAUACUCUGAUUGCAUUGGUCGAAGUUCUCAAUUCGUCUCCAGUAGCAACAGUCUACAUAGUAAAGGUAGUGGAGGCAUUUCCAAUGGCAGUGGCAAUAACAGUAAUAACAAUAGUACUGAUUCAAUGUUACCAAAGAAACAACUAUAUAUUGAUAAACUGGAGGAGUGUGCUCCAAUUAAAUGGGAAGAGUACCAUAAUAUAUAUCAUAUAACUAUUGAGGUGAAGAGUAAAUUUACAAAGUCCAAGUUAUUUAAGAUGUUCUUCUCAAGACAAAUGGUAGUCUGGCAUGGUGUUGUUUAUGGCCUUGGUGAACCAGGGUCCACUACAACCACUCAAUCAUCAUCAUCAAUGUCACCGUCAAUAUCAAUCAUUAUAUCAAUGCCACAUUUGACUCAACCAAUAUUGUCAGAUCCAACAAUGGUUGCUGAGUUCCAAUCGAGCCAGACUCAGAUCGACACUCUAAAGUCCUCAGAUAUUCAACCACAGGUACUACUUAAAGUGCCACAAUCAGUCAUCUCAUUGGAGGACGUCCAACGUUUACGUCCUGGCAACAUCAUAAGAUUCUUUGGCAUGUUGGAGAGUGGCGCAAAAUAUCCAAUACCUCAGGGUUACUACAUGCACAGGUACAUCGAUCCCAAUGCUGUUGCUGCGGCCCCAGAGAAGGUACCCGCUCACGAUGAUGACAUUGGUGUUGGCGGCGGCAGUGGAGUAGGUUCCUCUUUGAACGAACAACAUAUAGAUAUACCAAUGGAUGGUACCAUUCAAACACACAACAUACCAACAAGUACAUCAGACUAUUAUACAACAGCACAUGACCUUUAUCACUAUGUCAAGGACACUCUUAGUUCAGUCUACGAGUACCUUUGGAGUUCAUUUGCACCAGUAUCACGAUUCACGCUAUUCGACUAUUCUUCUGGAAGCAGCAAUAAUAGUAAUAGUAACAGUAAUAGUAAUAGCAGUAUAGACAUCAUAGAUCCUGUUGUGAUCAAUGAUCAUAACAAUAUCAAUCUGGAACAGAAGACACAGUCAUCAUCAUCUCCACCACUGCCCUCAAAGAUCCAGGAGGUGGAGACGGAAGAUACUACAAGUGUGAUCGAUCCAAAUUUAUACGAACAUCUUCAUGUUCUAAACUGUUUGGAUAUGCAGUUGAUAUCGAUA